AUGCCAUUUAUAAAAAAAAUUUCUCAAUAUUUUAUAAACGGAUGCUAUUCGUGUAAAAAUUUUAGUUUUCGUAAGUUUUUUAACGAAGAUUAUUUUUGGACAAAAGCAAACGUUGGACCUUUUUUCAUUGGUCUCUUAACAGCUCCUUAUUGGUUUUCAGCUUUAAAAAAUAUUUAUUGGACAUUAAGAUAUGAAAAAUUAAAUAAACAGGAAAUUUUAUCUGAUAGAUUUUCAUGGUUAUAUGAAAGAAUGUUAGAAGACGAAAUUCAUAAAACUCUUUUACAAAAAUUACCAUCAUAUAAUUUCAAAAAUUCUGGUCCUGAAAAUAUUCUAGGACCAAGCGAAAUAUAA